AUGGUGAAAGAUGAUAUUGAAGAGCUAGUUGAGAGUAGCCAGGGGGCCAGAGAGUCGAGAGAUGGAGUAACUAAUCAAGAAUGCAUCAAACACUUGCGACUCACCGAUCCCCGUGAUGAUAAGAAACGUAUUGAGGAAACCAAGGGUGGCCUGUUGCCGGGCUUGUACGGCUGGAUUCUCGAAAACUCAGACUUCCAACAAUGGCGCAACGACCCGCAGAGCCGACUGCUAUGGAUCAAGGGCGACCCCGGCAAGGGUAAGACUAUGUUGCUUUGCGGCAUUGUGAACGAGCUGGAGAAGUCGAUGGUCAAGACGGACCUCCUAUCCUACUUCUUCUGCCAAGGCACGGACUCGCGUAUCAACAACUCCACCGCCGUACUACGCGGCCUAAUCUUCAUGCUCGCUGACCAGCAGCCGUCGUUGACCUCACAUCUCCGGAAGAAGUAUAACCAGGCAGGAAAAUUGCUCUUUGAAGAUAGAAAUUCUUGGGUCGCCGUGUCGGACAUCCUUAAGAACAUACUACAAGACCCGAACCUAAAGACAACUUACCUGGUUAUAGACGCCCUCGAUGAAUGUGUUAAGGACUUGCCGAAGCUCUUAGACUUCAUUGUCAGUACCUCCUCGUCGUUGACCAGUGUAAAGUGGCUGUUGUCUAGUCGGAACAUGCUCCACAUCGAGCAAAAAUUAAGAUUUACUAAUGAACGGACAAGACUGAGUCUUGAGCUGAAGGAAAAUGCGGAGCAGCUGUCGUGUCUACACUCACUUCAAGACGACGACCUGAAAGACCGAGUACGAGAUAUCCUGCGCCAGAAGGCGAAUGGCACCUUCCUCUGGGUUGCCCUCGUGGUCCAGGAGCUUGAGAGGCCUGAGAAUUGGGAUCCUUUACUGGUAGUAGAAGAAGUGCCAACGGACCUAUACCAGCUCUACGACCGCAUGGUGAAUCAGAUCCAACAGCUUCCUGAAAGACACAGGGAGUUUUGCAACCUUAUGCUUUCCAUUGCUACUGUCGCGUAUCGUCCACUUUUCUUGGCUGAGAUAGGCAGCUUGUGCGGGUUACCAGAAGAUAUUUCUGUAUUGACAGAUAAUGUAAGAAAGGUCGUGGCCAUGUGUGGUUCGUUCCUUACCAUCCAAGAGGAUCAAGUCUACCUCAUCCAUCAAUCAGCCAAGGACUACUUGAGUGACAAGGCGCGAGCUACCAUUUUUCCAUCCCAAGAAAUAACCCACGACAAAAUCUUCUCUCGAUCGCUAGAGCUGAUGUCCGGUACGCUUAAACGCAAUAUGUACGGUCUCAGUACGCCAGACUUUCCGAUCGACCAGGUCCAAGUACCGGUCCAAGACCCACUGGCGAUGACGCGGUAUUCGUGCGUCUACUGGGUUACCCACCUUUGUGACUCGGUUUCCGGCAAAAGCAUGAAACGGGACGAAUUAUGGGACGAAGGUACUGUCCACACCUUCCUUAAAACAAAGUAUCUGUACUGGCUUGAGGCUCUCAGCCUUUGCAAGAGCAUGUCAGAAGGGGUGAUUUUAGUAGCAAAACUCCAGACUUUAAUCCAGGGAGAAGCGAAAGCAUCUGCAUUAAUUGAGCUAGUUCAAGACGCGCAUCGAUUUAUUAUGUAUCACAAAGGGAGAAUAGAGAACAAUCCCUUGCAGGCAUACGGGUCCGCACUCGUGUUCAGCCCAGUCCGCAGCUUAGUAAAGGCUCUUUUUAAAGAAGAGCAAAAGUGGAUAAAGGUAUUAAAGGCAGAUAUAGGAGAUAAGUGGAGGCGUGGGAUUAAGUCCGGAUGGAGCAUGGAUAACAUAUAA